AUGCGUUUCUACACCGUCGCUCUGUUGACUGGCGCUACCGCCGCCGCUGCCGGUAACACCGCAACUCUCCUUCUGCCCGGCUUCGAGGGCCAGGAUCUCGAGGCUAGCGUUAUCGAAACCAAUGGAGAUGCGACUACCUACAAGAUCACCUGCCCCAAGACCGCUUCUUCCUGCGGUAUUGUCGGCGAGGGCAUGACCGCAAUUGCUGCCCCGACCUCCAUGCAGCUGCAGAACAUCAAUCUCCAGGGAACCACUGGAACUGUUUCCUGCAAGAUUGCCGGCACCACCUACGCCUCCUGCCAGGCCUCCGCCGGCACCGUGACCCCGUCGGGCACCCUGGCCCAAGAUGAUCUGAACUGGAUGCCCGUGACUAUCUCGGCCACCCCGACCCCAACGUCGACCUCCACCCCAACUCAGACCCCCACCCCAACCAGCACCAGCACUAGUACUAGCAGUAGCACUAGCACGACCGAGGUGACCUCCACCUCUACCCCGGCCAUCACGUCUUCGUCGACCCUCGUCACCUCGACCCCCAAGAAGUCCUCUUCGGCUCUUAUCUCGUCCACUCCUCUGGUCGCCUCGACCCCUCUGGUGGCCGCACCCACCACUGCCGCUGUCACCGGAACCGGCGCCCCUGCCGCUUCCUCGACUUCCUUCAAUGCCGCCGGCCAGAUGGCAGGCAGCAUCUGGACCGUUGGCGGUGCUUUCCUGGCUCUGGCCUGCGCUUUCGCGUAA